AUGAUUUCUUUCGUGUCCUUUCCAACGUCUCUUCCCGCCAUUAACUUCUCCGGCAACGCCAUGGCUUCAUCGUCGUGCCGCGUCAAAUCCCAGCCAAUAGUCGCCUUUGCCACUGUCACUGCCACCGUUGAAGCUCACUCUUCCUGGAUAGAGCAACCGAGACCUUCGUAUCUGAACUCCUCUUGCUCUUUGCUUUACGGUAUCCUCGGCAUCCCCGUCGGCGCCUCUAACCAAGAAAUCAAGGCCGCAUACCGACGAUUAGCCAAAGUCUGCCACCCCGAUAUGGCGGCCAUCGACCAAAAAAACUCGUCCGCUGACGAAUUCAUGAAGAUCCACACCACAUACUUUACUUUUUCCGAUCCCAACAAGCGUGCUAACUACGAUCAGAACCUAUUCUGGCAACAACGUUCUAGAGACCAGCCGUAG